CUUGCACCUGCCUUCUUCUCAGCACAAGCACCCCUGCCACCCCGCCCCCGCCUUGCAGGAAACAGCUCGAACCCAAAUAUGAGGUAUCUUGUGCCUCAAUGCUAGGGAAUCUCGUGGUCUUGAUGGUCUCAGCGGCUCCCUCACGCAUGUGACAAGCGAAUGUGUGCCGCCUCCCAGACGCACGGUUUGGUGAGCCUCAGGCUUGUGGUUAGGCAGCGAAAGUCUGCGGGCUGGCGAUGGAAGGGGGUAUACCGGAUCCCAGCACAAGUGCAAUCGCGUGCGCCAGUGAGAGUGCGACGGCAACGACCGGUGGAUGUGAACCUGCUGGUGAAAGCGCACCUCGGAGUGUAGGCGGGAGUGGACGUCAGGCGGAAGGUCUGAAGGGGGGCCUCGUCCGUGUGGACGCUCAGAAGCUACCUCGGACUACGGUACGUACCUAGGUAGACAUACCCGUGCCCUGCUUCCAGGGUCACCCACCAGCCUAUCUCUCUGGAGGGGUGUAGCACUUUGGGUCGAUGUUCUUGAAAUGGAACCAAGACUGGCACAGGUCAACUUGUACCUGGGCACUGUGCAAACGCCCGCCCACGCGCCCGUCUUGUUUACUAGCACACUCAACACGCAUCUGUCUUUCUUGCCCCUGCCUCUCCCUCCUCUCACAACACCCACAACACCCACAUCACCCACAUCGCACCGCAUUGCGCAACGUAUCAUUGCUCUCUGUUUGCGUCUCAGCACUGCCCCGCGAAAGUCGAG